UGGAAUAGAAGGACGCCGAGCCCACAAGCAAUUCAACUCGAGAGAGAGACUGUGUGAGUGAGUGAGGGUUUUUCGCAGUUUGGAUGAAAAUUGAUUAGGUUUUGGAGUCUGAGAGCAAGAGCCGAGAGAGAUAGGGAGUGAUCGUUCAAUGCUGUGUGUUGUUUGUUUCUAGGGAAAGUUCUGGGUGUUUGCGAAACGAAAAGAAAAACGAGGAGGAGGAGGGGGAAGAAGAGGAGGAGGGAUGUACGUUGGGUCCAUGAGAAAGUCGUUCAAGGAUUCUCUGAAAGGUCUUGAAGCCGAUAUUCAGCACGCCAAUACCCUUUGCAGGGCGUCUGAUUUUCCCAGGGGUUAUGGCGGUGCUUGCCUCCAAAUGAGAAUGUCUUAUAGUCCGGCUGCACACCUGUUCCUUUUCCUAGUACAGUGGACGGACUGUAACCUUGCUGGCGCACUUGGGCUACUGAGAAUCCUGAUUUACAAGGUUUACGAUGAUGGCACCACAACUAUGUCUACCCAUGAAAGGAAAGCUAGCAUAAGAGAAUUCUAUGCGGUUAUUUAUCCCUCUUUACUACAACUUCAAAGAGGUGUUACUGACAAAGAAGAUAAGAGGCAAAAGGCAUUAUGCAUGGAAAGGUACAGAAGGAAAGAUGAUGAAGAACGCAAACAAUAUUCAGAUAUAGACAUUGAAAGAGAGGAAGAAUGUGGAAUUUGCAUGGAGAUGAAUAGUAAGAUUGUCUUGCCCAACUGUAACCAUGCCAUGUGCUUGAAAUGCUACCGCCAGUGGUGCACACGGUCUCAGUCGUGCCCCUUCUGCCGCAACAGUCUGAAGAGGGUGAACUCAGGUGACCUCUGGGUCCUCCUGGACGCUAGGGACAUAAUCGACAUGGAAACCGUUGCAGAGGAGAACCUUCGAAGGCUGUUCAUGUACAUAGAUAAGUUGCCUGUGGUCGUUCCUGAUACAGCUCUGGACCCUUAUGACUCUCAUACAAGGUAGGCGCUUGGCACCAUCUGAAUCAGGCAAUAUGCGAUGGCCUCCAUAUGAGCAGAGAGUGCCUCAUUGAUUGUAUUCUGCAUAAAGACCAAUGUUCAUGUGGAUGUGGCGACUGGUGAGGUGAGGUGAGGUUAGGUUAGGUUAGGUUAAGAGUUGGAGAAAUUUCCCAAUGCUUUGGAAGUGAAUAACCCAUCUUGAGAUUGUCUGACUGGAAGGUGUUUGGUGAAUGUAAUGUAUUUAGCCAAAUUUGUACAUCUAUGUAUAGCUUAAACUUCAUUGAAUGAAAUUGUGUUGCUUCUCUUUGAGUAGCUAUGUAUGCAUAUACCCAGACAGUUUGUUACCUUCUAUUGAAGAACAUUAUGU